AUGGCCACUGAUCAACACAGGGCAUCCAGCACCGAGUCGUCGACUCUGGAUGAGACCCACUCGUCCAUCGCCAGCUCCUACGACAGCCCAGGUCAGCAUGGUGACAACGGCGACGACAAGGGCCCCAGAGGCUCCAGCUUUGGAUCCCUCCUUCGCGUCUUCCAGUACAAUGACAUGGUGGGAUGGGCGUUGAAUAUCAUUGCCUGUAUGGCCAUGCUCGGCGCUGGCGUUGCGUUCCCCUUGAUGAACGUUGUAUUCGGAAACUUCAUCGACACCUUCAAUGAUUUUACCAAUGGGAGCCUGUCGCCCGAUGGGUACAUGGAGCAGGUCAACCACUUUGCCUUGUAUUUUGUCUACCUCUUCAUCGGCAAGCUCUGCCUGACCUACGUCUGGACCGUCCUCAUAAAUAUUACCGCAAUCCGGACGACUAGGAACCUGCGAGUCGACUUCCUUCGCCAAACACUGCGUCAAGAAAUCUCCUUUUUUGACAGCCCUUCGUCGUCCGUGUCCAGCCAAAUCACCACCAACGUCAACCUGGUAAAUAAUGGCAUAUCCGAGAAGCUCGGCUUGAUCAUCCAGGCUCUAUCCAUGUUCGUCUCAGCCUUUAUCGUGGCUUUCAUCGUGCAGUGGAAGCUGACCCUCAUUACCUUGGCCAUCGUGCCCUUCAACGCUGUCAUCACGCUUGGUUGCAUCUACCUGGAUGCAAAGUACGAGUACAAAAUGUUCAACAUUUACGCGGAAUCGGGAUCCCUGGCUGAAGAAGCCUUCUCCACCAUUCGUACGGCGCAUGCCUUCUCGGCCUUUGCGCAACUGACCAUGCGCUUCGAUGGGAUUCUCGAGAGGGCUAGACGACUGGGCAAAAAGAAAUCGCUAAUCUAUGCCAUUCUCUUCCCAACCGAGUUCUUCAGCAUCGUAGCAGGCUAUGCGCUAGCCUUUUGGCAGGGUAUGAGGAUGUAUUCGACUGGAGAAAUUCAGAGUCCUGGUACUGUGGUGACUGUCAUUUUCGCCGUGCUGGUGGCCUCACAAGCCCUUACCAUGAUUGCACCUCAAACCGUUGCCAUAUCCAAGGCCAUGGCUGCUGCCCGCGAUAUGUUUUCCACCAUCGACAGAAAGUCUGCCAUCGACUCUCUCGCUGAAGAAGGCACUAAAAUUACAGGUUUCAAAGGCGAUAUUAAACUGCGCGGUGUGCAUUUCUCGUAUCCCUCACGACCUAGUGUCCCAAUUCUACAUGGACUAGAUCUCGAUAUCCCCUCAAACAGAACCACUGCGCUUGUCGGUGCCAGUGGUUCGGGGAAAAGCACGAUAUUCGGGCUCCUGGAGCGCUGGUACGCUUACUCUGGUGGCAGCAUUACGCUGGACGGUCAUAAAAUCGAAAAUGUCAACCUAUCGUGGCUUAGGAGCAACCUCCGGCUGGUCCAGCAGGAGCCCACGCUUUUCAGCGGCACCAUUUUCCAGAAUGUCGUGGAUGGCUUGACUGGUACCGAACAAGAUGGCUUGCCGGACGAGCAAAAGGCCUUCCUCGUCACCGAGGCCUGCAAGGCUGCGUUUGCGCACGACUUUAUCCAGGAGCUUCAAAACGGAUACCAGACGAGGAUUGGUGAGCGCGGAGCUUCACUAUCAGGAGGCCAGAAGCAGCGCAUUGUCAUUGCCCGCAGCAUCAUCUCCAACCCCAAAGUGCUGCUACUAGACGAGGCGACGAGUGCUUUGGACCCAAACGCCGAGAAGGUGGUGCAAGCUGCCUUGAACAAUGUUGCCAAGGGCCGCACCAUGGUGGUCAUUGCCCAUAGGUUAUCCACCAUCAGAAAUGCAGACAACAUUGUGGUCAUGGCCAAGGGAGAAACUGUAGAGACGGGUACACAUUCGGAGCUGAUCAGUAUGGGAGGCGCUUACUCCAGGCUUGUCAAGGCUCAGGAUUUGGGCAAGAAGUCUGGGGUGAUCGAAGAGGAUCCCGGCGAGGAGAAGGACGAGGUGUUUGCGGAUUUGAAUAAGACACUGACUCACGCGUCAAAUUCCGGAACUGCCGCCGAGGAAUUCACCUCAGGGGGCGUCAAGAAAUACGGACUCGUGCAGGGGCUGUGCUUGAUUAUGAGAGAGCAACCAAGCCUGUGGUGGCCAUCGUUUUCUGUAUUCCUGACUUCUGUCUGCGGUGGCAUUACAUAUCCCAUCUUGGCCAUAUUGUUUUCCAAGACCUUGGAGGCCUUUGAAACCAUCGACGUAUCAAAAGCCAACUUCUUCGCGCUCAUGUUCCUUGUGGUUGCUCUCGGCAAUCUCGUCUCAUAUGCUGUUUGUGGCUGGCUUACGAAUAGCAUUGCGCAGGCCGUCAUGAAGCACUACCGUGGCGAGAUAUUCGACAACACUCUUCGACAAGACAUGUCCUUUUUCGACAAGCCCGAGAACGCAACUGGUGCCCUGGUUGCGCGGUUGGCUUCAGAGCCGACCAGCUUGCAGGAACUCUUGUCUAUAAAUAUUGCGCUUAUUGCAGUGGCCAUUAUCAACCUCGUCUGCAGCUGUAUCCUGGCCAUAGCCUACGGAUGGAAGCUAGGGCUAGUCUUGACUCUUGGCGCCCUGCCGUUUGUUGUAGGAUCAGGCUACAUCCGGAUCAGACUCGAAUCCAGAUUUGAAGAGGACACUGUCGAGCGGUUCGCAAAGAGCAGCGCAAUGGCUGCCGAGGCUGUAAUGGGCAUCCGGACUGUGGCAUCUCUCGCGCUCGAGAAGGCUGUUAUCGAUCGCUAUAGCGAAAAACUCCGAGGCAUUACGCGGCAUUCUAUCCGCAGCUUAGGUUUCAAGAUGUUCUUCUACUCGAUAAGCCAGUCAACGUCCCUGCUCGCAAUGGGCCUUGGAUUCUGGUACGGCAGCAAGCUGGUUUCCACGGGGGAAUACUCGUCUGGCCAGUUCUACAUUGUCUUCCUAGCUGUCAUAUUCUCUGGCGAAGCAGCGGCCACGUUCUUCCAGUACUCGACUAGCAUUACAAAAGCUGGCACGGCGAUGAACUACAUAUUCCGGCUCCGACGCGAUCGCAUCUCCUUGGACGGCGAAGAGGACGACGGCGGAAAUGACAAUGCCAGGAACGCCGGCUUGGCUAUUGUGUCUGAUACGGAACCUCCGCAAGGCGAAAAGGCCAGCGGGAAAGGCUCGGAAAUAGCCUUUGACAAGGUCUGCUUCUCUUACCCGCUGCGCCCGAAGCAAACGAUCCUGCGGGGCGUGGACAUGGCCAUACAGGCCAGCAAAAUGGUGGCGUUUGUCGGCGCCUCUGGGUGCGGGAAAUCCACUAUGAUUAGCCUCCUGGAGCGCUUUUACGACCCUACGAGCGGACAACUGCGUUCCAACGGCCGGGACGUCCGAACAAUCGACCGGCGCAAGUACCGGCGCGACAUUGCCCUCGUCCAGCAAGAGCCGGUGCUAUACCAGGGCUCUAUCCGGGACAACGUCUCGCUGGGAAUAGAAAGCGGCAACCCUAGCGAGGCGCAAAUUAUAGAAGCAUGCCAGAGCGCCAACGUAUGGGACUUUGUGUCGUCUCUGCCCGAGGGCCUCGACACGCCGUGCGGGAAUCAGGGCCUGUCCUUAUCGGGUGGUCAGAGGCAGCGAAUCGCGAUAGCCAGGGCGCUUAUCCGCAAGCCAAGGCUGCUGCUGCUUGACGAGGCAACAAGUGCGCUGGACACCGAGUCCGAGAAGGUCGUCAAGGAGGCGCUGGAUCGCGCCGCGGCGGGGAGGACGACUAUCGCCGUGGCUCAUAGGCUGAGCACGAUUCGGGAUGCCGACACGAUUGUCGUGUUUGCAAGGGGGACUAUUGUGGAGGCGGGGACGCACGACGAGCUGUUGACUCGCAAGGGGUUGUAUUACGAGAUGGUGUUGGGGCAGUCCUUGGAUAGGGAGGCGUGA